AUGGAGAAUUUGGAUACUCCUCAAAUAAUAACGCAUAUUGAGAGUAACUUAAACCACAGUUUGUUUGAUUGCAAAUGGAUUCCGUGUUCGGCGAAAUUCGUUGUCAUAGGCUGCUUGCCGAGAGGUACAGGCACUAUUGAAAUAUUUGAAAUUAACUCGGGAGAAGCGAAGAAAUUAAAGGAAAUAGAACGUCCUAAUUCGUUCAAAUGUGGUACCUUUGGAGCCAGUAAUGAUGUGGAACGGAGACUUGCUACUGGUGACUUUAAAGGGACUUUGGAAAUAUGGGACUUAGAAAUGAACUCACAAGUGUAUAUAACAAAGGAACACACGGACAUAAUAAAUUCCAUAGAUGGCAUUGGAGGGAACACAGUCAACUGUGGGGCUCCAGAACUUGUCACUGGUAGUAAUGACGGCACAGUAAAAGUAUGGGACCCUCGCCAAAGAGGAAAACCAGUGGCAAACAUGCAGCCAGCAAAAGGCGAAGGCAAACGUGACUGCUGGACUGUGGCCUUUGGGAACUCUUUCAACGACGCAGAGAGGAUCGUCUGUGCUGGAUACGACAACGGGGAUUUGAAGAUGUUCGAUCUGCGCAGCAUGUCACUGAGAUGGGAGUGUAAUUUGAAAAAUGGGGUAUGCUACACUGAAUUCGAUCGUAAAACUAUACCCAUGAAUAAAUUAGUGGCCACUACCUUGGAGGGGAAGUUCCAUGUCUUCGACUUAAGAACACAGAAUCCGGCUAAGGGAUUUGCUCAGGUUUUGGACAGUUCUACGAGAAGCGGGACGAUAUGGGUGGCUCGUCAUUUGCCGCAGAAUCGCGACAUAUUCGUUACUUGCGCCGGCAACGGUCAUGUUACACUGUGGAAAUAUGAAUACCCAGAUCAACGUUACCGUACAGACGACAAAGGCGCAGCAGUCGGUGUACCGGGCAAGUUGAAGAAACUCCAAAAUAUGGUUAUCAGCUCCCAACCAAUCAACUCCCUCGAUUGGAACAGAGACCACACAGGAUUGGCUGUCGCAACUGCGUACGAUCAGUGCAUUAGGGUUAUUGUGUCCACUAAACUUAAUUUACAGUGACGUUGAGUUAUUUAAGUAAAUUUUAAUAUAGUUACCCUUAGUGCCUAUACUGCCGCAUAACUAAUUGAAAUGUGACUUUUAGGGUCGUAU